AUGAAAUCGGUAUUAUCUAUACAAUCUCAUGUUUCUCAUGGUUAUGUUGGUGGUAAAGCUGCCAUAUUCCCUUUACAAACUCAAGGAUGGGAAGUUGAUAAUAUAAAUACUGUCAAUUUUUCAAAUCAUACUGGAUAUGGAUCAUUUAAAGGAACAUCAUUAACUUCAAAUGAACUAAACGAUAUAAUGAAUCAAUUAAUUAAUAAACUUCAUAUUUCUUAUCGAGCUAUUAUAACUGGUUAUAUCCCAAAUGCAUCAUUAAUUAAGUCUACCAAUGAAUAUAUAUCAUUGAUCAAACAAAAACAGAAAGAUGAGGAAAAAGUUAUAUACUUAUUGGAUCCGGUGAUGGGGGAUAAUAAUUAUUUAUAUGUUGAUAAAUCUUGCAUACUUGAAUAUCAAUCGAUAUUACAUAAUAAAUUAGUUGAUAUUAUCACUCCAAAUCAAUUUGAAUUAGAAUUAUUAACUAAUAUGAAAAUUAUUGAUAAAUUUAGUCUUGUUGAAGCCAUUAAUAAAUUACAUAAUGAUUAUGAUAUACCGUAUGUUGUUGUUACUUCAAUCACUGGUGGGGAUAUAUUUAAAUCACCACAGGAGCUGGAAGAUAAAUAUAUUCAUUGUGUUAUAUCAACUAAAGAUCAACCAAUAAUAAAAGUAUUUGAUAUCCCAAUGAUAAAAUCAUAUUUCACUGGAGUUGGUGAUUUAUUUUCUGCAUUAUUAUUAGAUAAAUUUUAUAAAAAUAAAAAUGAUGCUAUGACUAAUGGGAUACAUGAUUCAAUAAAGGUGUUGAGUCGAUCAGUAAAUCAAGUGUUGACAAUCAUGGCGAAAACAUUAAAACUUACACAUAAAUUAGGAAUUCAACAAGCCAUAGCAGCAACAGCUACAACAACAAGAAAAGAUAUUAAUGAUAAAGAUAAUUUUAUUAGUGGUAAAAUAAACGAUGGUGAUACUAUGAAAUAUUUUGAAUUAAAAAUCAUUCAAGCUAAAGAUUAUUAUGAUUAUAAUGGAGAUGGAGAGUUUAUUGAGAAAGUAUUAGAAUUGAAUUAA